GCGGCCAAGGCGGGCUCGCCGGCCUGGGACGCGCACCCACGCGGGCACCCAGAGUCACUCCCGAAGGAUCCCGGAGUCUCCGGGGGCCGCUCCUUACGCCCCGGAGUCGGCCCUUCAUCCCUCCCCCCACAACCCCGGAGCCCCAGGCCGGGACCUCCGCAUCCGACGUCCCCAAGCCUCCGGGCACCUGGCUCAGCAGGAGGCCCCCGGGUCAGGGCAGGGCAGGGCCGGCGACGGCGAGCCGGAGCCCGCCCAGCGCCCGGACCCCGCUACGCCCUCGGAGCCCACCCAUGGGGCCCCGGCUCUGCUCGCCUCCUCGGCCGGCCGCGCCCAGCCCGGCGCCCCGAGCCGCGCAGAGGAGGAUCCCUGCGCAGUGACCCGGGAGCCGCCGCGGACGCUGGGAGGCUCGGCGGCUGGAGCGGCAGGCGGUUCUCCCCACCCCCGGGCGCUUCCAGGCAGCCCUCCGAGCCGUUCCAGAGGCCCGGCGGCCCGCCCUUCCCAGCCCCGAGCCAUGAUGAAGACGCUGUCCAGCGGGAACUGCACGCUCAGCGUGCCCGCCAAGAACUCCUACCGCAUGGUGGUGCUGGGCGCCUCCCGCGUGGGCAAGAGCUCCAUCGUGUCGCGCUUCCUCAACGGCCGCUUCGAGGAGCAGUACACCCCCACCAUCGAGGACUUCCACCGCAAGGUGUACAACAUCCGCGGCGACAUGUACCAGCUGGACAUCCUGGACACCUCUGGCAACCACCCCUUCCCCGCCAUGCGCAGGCUGUCCAUCCUCACAGGCGACGUCUUCAUCCUGGUCUUCAGCCUGGACAACCGGGAGUCCUUCGACGAGGUCAAGCGCCUCCAAAAGCAGAUCCUGGAGGUCAAGUCCUGCCUGAAGAAUAAGACCAAGGAGGCGGCCGAGCUGCCCAUGGUCAUCUGCGGCAACAAGAACGACCACAGCGAGCUCUGCCGCCAGGUGCCCACCACCGAGGCCGAGCUGCUGGUGUCGGGCGACGAGAACUGUGCCUACUUCGAGGUGUCGGCCAAGAAGAACACCAACGUGGACGAGAUGUUCUACGUGCUCUUCAGCAUGGCCAAGCUGCCCCACGAGAUGAGCCCCGCGCUGCACCGCAAGAUCUCCGUGCAGUACGGGGACGCCUUCCACCCCCGGCCCUUCUGCAUGCGCCGCGUCAAGGACACGGGCGCCUACGGCAUGGUCUCGCCCUUCGCCCGCCGCCCCAGCGUCAACAGUGACCUCAAGUACAUCAAGGCCAAGGUCCUUCGGGAGGGCCAGGCCCGGGAGAGGGACAAGUGCACCAUCCAGUGAGGGGGGGGGGCGCUGGGGAGGGGCGUGGGCAGUGCCUUAAGG